CAAGAACAUGGCGGCCUGAGUGCAGAUGUUCAAUGAUAACCAUGCUGUUAGUUGUCACUUGAAUUGUAUUUCUUCAGACCAGGCAUUGACUGUGUGCUCUUUAUAGUCGCCUAUCAUUAAUCAUUACUGGACAUAAUCUGCAACAUGCUCCGAGCUCUAUCAAGAAGCCAUGUGGCUGUCUCUCGACUUCUCGCUCCUCGUAGUGCUGUUAUGGUUGAAACAGUCCGGGGUAGAAAAUCUCGCACAGACCCGAAAGCGAAGUCAAAGCUCGGACGGAUCAAGACUCCCCCUUCCGUGGACCCUGUUGAAAUGGUCGUAUUAAAGGAACGUUUCACGGAGUACAAUCUGGUCGUGAGAGCCCUACGAUUGGAGUUCAAAGAGGAAAUGUUGAGGAAGAGAUUUGAAGAGGAGGUGGGUUCCCUGGCAGAGGAGAGAACCAAACAGGAGGCUGAAGAACAUCGGUCACUAAUGGCCUGGAAUGACGCAGAAAACCUUAGAUUGCGGAAAAUACGAGAGCAGCGCGUGCAGAAGGAGGCUGAGAUUAUGGAACUGAAGAAGAGAGAAGCAGCAAUCUUACGUCAACAAGAGCUGGAGAAUUAUAUUAAAGAGAAAGAGAAAGAAAUUCUACAACUACAGGAAGAGGCAAAGAACUUCAUCACAUUGGAAAAUCUUGAUCAGAGGAUUGAGGAGGCCCUUGACAACCCGAAAAACUACAAUUUUGCCAUAGAUAAAGAAGGCCGUGUGGUCAAACGGACUGUGAUUCAGUGAUAGAUGUAGCAUUUAAAGAACCAAAAUUCCUAUGUACAUAAAAUAUAUGUUGUGGUUUAAAUAUACAGUGUGAUUUUAUGUGUGCUUGUUUUUUGAAGAUGUCUCACAAAUAUACUAAAGCUUAUUAGACUUGACUUGGAUGGUCCUUAACUUUAUUUAACUCACCACUUUGUGUGUUGUCGUUUGGUUUUUCUUCUUGCAAUAUCAGUGCAGAUGCCUCUUAUUAUAGUUAGACGCUUUAUCGACAAUAUUUGUUUGUGCAGUUGUAUCCAGUUGUUUAACUCGUGUUAUGUCUACGUAAACCGGGUAACAUUCGAAUUAUAUUUGUGUAUGAAUAUAUAUGCUCUGCUUCUAGAAAGUAAACUCCUACAGGAGGAAUAGAUGAUUAUGAGAAUUAAAAAAAAUUUAAACGUUUAUUAACUGAAAAAUUAAUGGAAGUGCUCUAACAAAAAUACAAGCUUGACGUUUGUACUUGCCCCAUGGAAUUCCAUUUAAGUAAAUGGUUGUUUUCACAAACGGAAUAAAGUCAAAA